AUGCAAAAUCUGCUCCCUCCCACAUGCGCCAAUCAUGAGCCAGUGCUCACGGCAGAUUUGCAAUCCCAUGCCUCCAGGCAAACUACAACCUGCAGUUUGAUUGUGAAAUUAUGCAAAUACGCCGACAGGCUGAUAAAUCGGAAGCGGAAGACGAUGUUGACUUUCAUCACAUGCUACUACUCAGUCGAGACGGAAUCCAGAUCUGCAAUAGCUCAGAGGCCUGAUUCAGCCAGGGUCAACUCAAAUUAUGGCUGGACGAGAAUGCUCCUCCAGAGGAGGCAUCCGGAAUUGCCAACUUUUCAUGCGAUUCAACCUGUCGGCAACUCCACAAAUGAUGCGUCCAGCGGUCACCAUGACGCCUUUCAGCUCACUUGA